AGAGCCUCCCUCCUUCCCUUCCCAUUCCCAUCAGCCUCCGGGGAGGCGCAGUAGGCCUUUGGGUCGCGCCAAGGCUGGUCUAGCAGCCCUGAGGCGGGCCCGGUCACCCUCACACCUCCGUGCAGGCCUUUGCCCGUCGCUUCUAGCGGCGCGGUUGUCUUGAGUCUUCUAUUCCUCUUCCCCUAAAGCCUCUGCGCGGCUCGACGGACGCAAUGCCCCGUUAUUGCGCCGCGUUUAGCUGUAAGAACCGCCGAGGACGAAACAAUAAAGACCGGAAACUGAGUUUCUACCCGUUUCCUCUCCAUGACAAAGAGAGACUUGAAAAAUGGUUACGGAAUAUGAAACGUGAUACAUGGGUUCCCAGUAAAUACCAGUUCCUAUGCAGUGACCAUUUUACUCCAGACUCACUUGACAUCAGAUGGGGAAUUCGAUAUUUGAAACAAACUGCUGUACCAACUAUUUUUUCUUUACCUGAGGACAGUCAGGAGAAAGACCAUGCAAAAAACAAUCCUCAGGAGGAAAAAGUAGAAGAUGAGAGAGAAAUAUGCCUAAUGGUAAAGUCAGAAGAAUUACCUGCACAAAUGGAACCAAAGAAAAAUAUUUUAAGCACAGAAAAAUUUGAUGGAAGUACAAAUUUACUUUAUUCCUCUUCUUUGAAUGAACCAUUACAAAAGGAUAAGCCACCAGUUUCCAAUAUGGAAAAUCUACAUAAUGACACAUUAACUAUUAAUUCUGCAAUUCCACAACAUAUUGAAAAACCAAAACCUGUUUUAGAAACAGCAGUUGUCCAAGAUUUAGAAGUUAGUAGCUUUCAUACAUCUCUUGAGAACCUCUUAAAUACUACAACUGCUACUUUGAAUGUCUCAAAUCCAGAGCAUGUGCAUCUCUCUGUGGAACCCAGUAAUAUAGUUGAAACAGCUAUAGAUCAUUUCUCUAAUCCAGAUAUCACAGAUAUUUCUGUAUCAACACAGGAAAAUACUGUCUUACUGAGUACAAUUACUCAGACAAUUGAAGAGCUGAAUACAGAUGAAGAAUCAGUUAUUACCAUUUUAGUGCCUACUGAAAGCUCUAAGCCUGAAUCAGCCAGUUCGUUCAUGCCAAUAGAACAAGAGAGAAUAGAUGUGGAAGAUCUAGAUAUUGAAGAUUCCUUAUAUGAUGACACAGACUAUGGAAUUGAAAUACUACAAACUGAGCAUUCUUAUUGUAGACAAGAUAUUAACAGGGAACUUCUCUGGCAAAAAGUUACCAAACUACAUUCAAAGAUAACCCUUCUUGAACUACAAGAGCAGCAAACUCUAGGAAGACUCAAAUCUCUGGAAACUCUUAUAGGACAGCUAAAACAAGAAAACUUACUAUCUGAAGAAAAACUCAAGAUUGUAGAAAACUGUUUCACAACAUUUGAAGUUACUAUGAUAGAAUAAAAACUUUUUAGAAGCCAUGAUUUUAUAUAAUAUCAUUGCAAAUUCUUUGAUUAUCCCUGAGUGAUUUGCAAAGCGACCUUUUUUCCCAGCAUGAAUCUCAUGUUCUUAAUAACAUUUAUGAAAGUACAAUGUCAUAAAAGGGCGCUUGUUUUCAUAAAACCCAGAAAUUGGAAAUUGCCCUUUAAAGUGAUUGGUUAAAAAGUAUGAGUGAAACAUGGAGGAGGGAAUUUAAAUAUUUGUAUUCUAGCUCAAGGAAGCAUUUGUGAAACAAAUUCUGUAAUUUCAUUCUAAUAUUCCAUGUUGAUGUUAACACUGUAAAGGAGUAACAUCCUAUGGUAAUUAUGUAAUGAUGAAUUUAUUGUAAAAUAUGUCUGAAUCCUAAAGAUUGAACUUCUGUUCUGUAAAGUGAGAAAAACACUUUAGAUGGGAGUCAGUAAACCUGUGAUGUAGUUACACAGCUUGCUAUUUGCUAACUGUAUAAACUUGGGGAAAAUCACACAUAUUUCAGGUGUCUCAUCUGUAAAAUAAGGGAAUUAGAUCAGGGGAUCUUGUUCAGCCAUAAAAUUCUGUUCCCAUUAGACCCUUCCCUACUUAAGAGCAUUAUACACAGAGAUUUACUUAUUUUAUAAUAUAUCUUGAUCAUAAUUGUUGCUUAUGUUGUCUAGAUAGCCUCGGUAUUCAUUUUUAUAAGAAUUCCUAUGUGGUUUGACCUUUCAACUGCAGUACAUUUCUGUAAUAAAGUGUGCCCCAGGAUUGUUUUGUUUUCGUUUGAACUGCAUUGUAAACUGGGCAUCAUCUUUAUAUUGUGCCCAAUUAUGUUCUUGGGAGAAGAUUCUCUUAAACCUUAAGGAUUACUUCUUGCAUUAUGAAUAUACCUUGUGUGAUGGACUGUUGUAAUAGUCUCUUGGGAGCUAUAUAAAAGAAUAUCAACUGUAUCCUUAUAUUUCAUAAAUACAAGGGAUGAAUUAAUAAAAAGAAAUUUUAAAUUAUAAUUUUCAUAAUAAUCAUCCUCUGUAUUUAUUCCUUAAGGAGGAGUAUUAUUGACUUUUUCUUUUUUCUUUUUUUUUUUUUCCCUGAGGCAAUUGGGAUUAAGUGAAUUGCCCAGGGUCAUACAAUUAGGAAGUGUUAAGUGUAUGAGACCAGGUCCUCCUGACUUCAGGGCUGGUGCUCUAUCCACUAUGCCAUUUAGCCUCACUAUUGACUUAAAAAGUCAAUUGAUUGUGUGUUGGGCAUUCCAAAAAUUUUGAGAGGAGGGUCAGGAAACAUUGAUAUAAUAAGAAACAUUAUUCCUGCUCAUCUACAUAUUAAUUUGCAAUGUUUAGCUUAUAAUCAAGAAAUUUUAAGGAAAUUGAUAAAAUACAUUGGGGAAAUAAAAUUGAAAGAAAAGAAUCAUGCAAAUAAAAAUUACUUUUACAUAGUACCAUGAGAAAAUUAACCAAAAAAAACCUAAAGUAGGAAUGUAGUGACUUGGAAAAAAAUAACAAAGUUUAAAAAUAGCUUGUAUUUUCUCAAAUUAACUCAACUUGAUUGAUAAAUGUUAAUAAAUAAAUAUAACAAUAGAAAGUAUAAUAUAUUUCAGCUUGGAAGGCAAAUAAUUACUUUUCUCCUCUCAAGCCCAUAAAUUUUAUGAUUAUUUUUCUUAGUUCUAAUUUUCUUAGGUUGAUGUUAAACAUUUUGCCUUGUCUUAAAUAUUUGCCAGUUGACAGUAGAUAAAGGUGGCUUUGGAUUGUGUGAGGUGAUAGAAAGAAAGCUAACCUUAGUUUUAAAAUAUGCUACAGAUUGAGAAUAUUGAUAACUAAAAUAAUUUUUUUGAAAAUGUAACACCCAUUUAUUUAAAACUUAGUGAAUAGAAAUAUUUUGUUGUGUUGGUUCAAAAUGAAAGCAUGAUUUUUCUCCCCAUUAUCACAGUCAGGUAAUGUUGCAAGGUUGGCAGUUCUCAGUUUUAGUCAAAGAAACUACAAUUGAUUGUUUAUGCAAAGACAUAAUUUAUAUUUUGUUUUUUCAGAAAUAAGUUUGGUUAGAUAGAAAAAUUACCUGAAAAGAAUUUAGGACAAUUAGGGAUUGUCCUUGACUUUUGUCUUCCCUUUUGUGUGUUUGUCUUAGUAAUAUAGGAAACACCCCAUCUUGCAAACAAGUUUGUGUUCCAAAAAUUGAAUUAUAAUUAUAAGUUGGUUGGUUAGAUAUUAUUUGAAGCCAUUUUCAAAAGAAAGUGUUAUGAGGAAUGAUUAAGUUCCCAAGCUCCCUGAUAAGAAUUUGCUUAAUAGAAAUACAAUACUAUACAUUUGUACUAAAGAAAACAAUAAAAAUUCUAGUCAUUAAAACCAAAAAACAACAGAACUAUAAACUACAUUUUAUUUAUCUUGGGUGCUCAUGCUUGAAGAAUAAACAGAUUUAAGUAGGAAAAGAGAAGAAGUAGUUUGUAGAAUGAAGUAUAAGGGUUAUAUAGGUUGGUGGCAUUAUGAUGAUUAAUUUUUCUCUUAUGCUUAUCAACUGGGAUCAUUCUUGACUUACAUAGGGAGAUAAAGACAUUUUUCCCGUGGUAACGAGGAAAGAGAUAAAGCACAAGAGUGAAAAAGGACAUAGUGGAAUAAAAUUUGCUUGAGAUCAAAUUGUUCAUGGCAAAAGCCAGAUGGGAAGAAAUAUGACAUGUUUUUAUAAUUCAGUUCUUCCCAAGGUGGGGGAAGGGAAGUCACAGUCCCCCACGAUUACUACCAAGUGCUAUGGUUGACCUUUGAUACCCUUAUGAUGUCUGGGAGAGAAAGGGGACAGUAUACAACCUGCCGUAUGUAUGUUAGGUUCACAGAUCAAAGGUUUGUAACUCAAAUAAAAUUUAUAAGAUAUGUUUCUAAUGAAUUAAAAUAUGGACUUUUAUGAAGAUUUGUCUUUCAGUUGAAAUGUUAAAUACUAAAUACAAAUGUAAUAGCUCUUUUACAUUUUCAGUAGAAAAAUAAAUUUUGUAAAGCAAUUCUGAAAA